CACAUGGUAUAGAGCAUACCUACUAAUAAUGGAGAAAGCCUUCACAUUUUUUCUCUCAACACUCUUCUUGCUUGUGGCUAGUUCAGUCAUGACCCAAACCAACAUUACCACUGAUCAAUUAGCUCUUCUAUCCUUAAAAUCCCAAAUUAUUUCGGACCCCUUUCAUUUCUUGGAUGAAAGUUGGUCUCCCGCUAUUUCUAUUUGUCAUUGGGUAGGAGUGACUUGUGGUUCUCGUCACCAGCGAGUGAAGUCCUUGAAUCUUCCUAACAUGGCUCUUACAGGUAGGAUUCCCCGUGAAUUUGGAAACCCCUCAUUUCUUAUUUCUCUUAACUUGGGAAGUAACCAUUUCUAGGGAAAUUUGCCUCGAGAAAUGGCCUGCUUGCGCCGGCUUAAGUUUCUUGAUUUACGUUUCAACAAAUUCAGAGGGGAGGUUCCCUCUUGGUUUGGGUUUUUACACGAACUUCAAGUUCUAAAUCAUAGUAAUAAUAGUUUCACCGGUUCCAUCCCUUCUUCAUUUUCUAAUAUAUCCACACUUGAUACUUUGAAUCUGAAUUUCAAUUCCAUAGAGGGACAGAUACCAAAAGUGAUUGGAAACCUUAGAGAAUUAAACUUGAGGGGUAACAAUCUCAUAGGCUCUAUUCCUCUGUCACUCUCGAAUGCUUCGAGGUUGGAGACUUUAGAUAUAUCUUAUAAUUCAAUUCAAGGAAAUAUACCAGAAGGGAUCGACAAUCUUCACAACAUGAAAUUGUUGGGCAUACAAUAUAAUCAGCUAACAGGUUCUAUACCAUUCAAGAUUUUCAAUAUGUCAAUAAUCAAAGUCAUUCCAUUUACGGGCAAUAGCUUAUCGGGAUAUCUUCCUAAUGGUUUAUGCAAUGGUCUCCCAAUACUCAAAGGGCUUCAUUUAUCUAUGAACAAGAUUUACGGUCAUAUGCCUACAAGCUUAUCAAAUUGUUCACAACUUCAAAUUUUGUCUUUAUCAAUAAAUGAGUUUGAUGGACCAAUACAUAGUGAAAUUGAAAGAUUGAGUAACUUGCAGAAAUUGGAUCUCGGAAUUAACCAUUUCACGGGGAUAAUUCCACAAGAAAUUGGAAAUCUUCUUAAUUUGGUGGAGUUAUCCAUGGAGAAAAACCAGAUUACCAGCUCAGUCCCAAUCUCCAUAUUCAAUAUCUCGUCGCUUCAAAUUUUGUCACUGUGGCAGAACAAUCUUAGGGGAUUCUUACCAUGGGAGAUUGGCAACUUAACCAAGAUGCAAUUUUUAUAUCUUGAAGAAAAUAGUUUCACUGGUGAAAUACUCAAAGAGAUAACCAAUCUUGUUGAGUUGGAGGAACUUGAUAUUGGGCAUAAUAGUUUUAGUGGUCAACUUGAGAUGGAGAUCUUCAACAUAUCCGGGCCGAGACUGAUUUCUCUUUCAAACAAUAAUCUAUCAGGAAGCCUCCCACCAAACAUGUGUUCUGUCAUACCCAACAUUGAAGAGCUUUAUCUGACCUUUACCAAUCUUGUUGGGACUAUUCCUCAUUCUAUCUCCAAUUUUUCAGAACUUAAUAUUCUAGAUCUUUCAUACAACAAACUCGCUGGCUUGAUUCCUAGUUCUCUUGGAUAUUUGACUCAUCUACAGUUCCUAAACAUGAGAGAAAACAAUUUAACCAACGACUCUUCGUUAAGCUUCCUAACUUCCUUAACAAAUUGAAGAAAUUUAAAAACUGUUUUUUUAUCUUUAAACCCUCUAAACAGCAUGCUUCCAGUGUGUAUAGGGAACUUUUCCACAUCUCUUAUAAGAUUUUACGCCAACAGUUGCAAGAUCAAAGGGCGAAUUCCAAAUGAUUUUGGGAACUUAAGCAGCUUAUUAGACCUUGAUCUUUCUGCAAACAGCUUGGCUAGAUCAAUUCCCACAACAAUUGGCAACUUGAGAAACCUUCAGCGCUUCGACUUUAGUAACAACAAACUUACAGGAUUUAUUGGAGAUCAUAUAUGUAAAUUGCAGCAUUUGGGUGAUAUUUACUUGGGUCAAAAUCAACUUUCAGGAUCUCUUCCUAAUUGUUUAGGGAAUAUUACUUCCCUUAGGGAGAUACAUCUGGGUUCCAAUAAAUUGAGUUCCAAUAUACCACCAAGCUUAGGGAACCUUCAUGAUCUAGUAGUUCUUGACUUAUCGUCAAACAACAUGGUAGGGUCUUUAGGUCCAGAAUUUGGAAAUCUAAAGGUUGCGACAUUGAUAGAUUUGUCAGUGAAUCAAUUCUCAAAUGAAAUUCCAAGAGAAAUUGGAGGAUUGCCAACUCUGGUGCACCUUUCUUUGAAACAUAACAAAUUGCAAGGAUGUAUACCUAACUCAGAGAGCAACAUGGUAGGUUUGGAAUUCCUAGACCUUUCUAACAAUAAUAUAUCAGGAAUCAUUCCUAUGUCUUUGGAGAAACUUCAAAACCUGAAACAUUUCAAUGUUUCUGUCAACAAGUUGUAUGGUGAAAUACCCUUGAGGGGUCCUUUCAAGAACCUCUCGAGUCAGUUUUUCAACUACAAUCAAGCAUUGUGUGGUUCUUCAAGGUUUAGUAUCCCUCCAUGCCCCACUUCAACAAAGCACAGAUUAAAUAAGAAAAGAUUGCUUGUUUUAUUUCUUUUGCUGGGAAUAAUACUUCUAUUUGCUCUUAUCACCUCAGUGUGUGUAUGGAUAAGGUACAGAAUACGUAAAAGAGCUCCUCAACAAGCUGAUUCAUUGUCUGCCAUAAUAAGAGAAAAAAUUUCAUACUAUGAAUUGCUCCAAGCAACUGAUGCGCUUAGCGAGAGUAAUGUGAUUAGUUCCGGAAGUUUUGGCUCUGUUUACAAAGGCGUUCUCAGAAGUUGAACUUCCAUUGCAGUUAAAGUGUUCAAUCUGCAAGUGGAUGAGGCAUUCAGGAGCUUUGAUACAGAAUGUGAAGUGCUGCGCAACGUUCGCCAUAGGAAUCUCGUAAAAGUCAUUACUAGUUGUUCCAACCUUGAUUUUAAGGAUUUAGUGCUCGAUUAUAUGCCAAAUGGAAGUCUUGAUAAGCAUUUGUAUUCGGACAACUACUUCCUCGACAUCAAGCAAAGACUAAGCAUCCAACCCAACGUCUUCUUAGAUAAAUUCCGUCCAUGGAAAGUCUAAGAAUUAGCUUUUAGAAUGAUCUAAAUUAAUUUUCAUGUAGAAUUUCCUAGAUUUAAACCUUUCAUUAUGUAGAUGACUGAAUUAGCUUUCCAACGAUAUAUGAUUCGUACAAAACGGGCCCUCAGUGAAGAAUUUAUGAAUAAUUUAGAGGGUCAAAUUGACAAUCGUCAAA